AUGUCCCCCCUGCAGCAUCCCCGGCCAUGUCCUCCAGCCGAUGCCGGCAUCCAUCUUCCGAGUUCCGUUCGCUGCAAGCGCCGGGACAUAUGGGGGACAGAACCGGCGGGAAAUAAAAUUAAAAAAAUGUAAAAAUUUGACAUUCCUGUAUCAAACCAUUUCACAUACAUUUUGUCCCUAGUGCUUUGUCCUGUGCCCUGCCUGCAUUUUUACCGUUCUUUCUGCCUGGAAACUGAGAAACGUCCAUGGCAUUCAAAAAGCGUCCCUUUAGGUCAAAAGCGGUUUUAGACCAACUAGAGAACAGCGAUAGUAAAUUACAACCACUUGCAGAAUUGA